UCUGUGUAAAGGGAGAGAGGAUUGGAAUGGAUAUACUCAGGACUAUCGCUUAUCAGCCUACCAACAACAAUAAAAUGUGCGAGCACACCCUCAACAAAUCCUGUGAGAUUAAAAGGAAGAAAUCUGAGGACAACACACAAGUACCUCCUGAGAUGUCGCGGAUCAUUACAGACUCCACAACGGGGAAAUGCUAUUGCCGAGGAAAAGUGCUUGGAAAGGGAGGUUUUGCCAAAUGUUACGAAUUUACGGACUUGGCGACCAAUAAAGUGUAUGCUGCGAAAAUUAUUCCUCACACACGCGUGUCCAAGCCGCACCAAAGGGAAAAGAUUGACAGAGAAAUAGAACUGCACAGAGUUCUUCACCACAAACACAUCGUACACUUCUACCAUCACUUCGAGGAUAAAGACAACAUUUACAUCCUACUAGAAUACUGCAGCAGAAGGUCCUUGGCGCACAUUUUGAAGGCACGCAAAGUGCUCACGGAGCCAGAGGUGAGGUACUACCUCAGACAGAUUGUGUCGGGAAUAAAGUACCUCCACGAGCAAGAGAUCCUGCACAGAGACCUGAAACUUGGCAACUUCUUUAUCAACGAAUCAAUGGAGCUGAAAGUGGGGGACUUUGGUCUGGCCGCAAAGCUGGAACCGCUAGAGAACAGGAGGAGGACAAUCUGCGGGACGCCCAACUACCUGUCCCCUGAGGUCUUGAACAAGCAGGGGCACGGGUGCGAGUCAGACGUUUGGGCGCUUGGCUGCGUCAUGUACACCAUGCUCCUUGGGAGGCCCCCUUUUGAGACCACCAACCUGAAGGAGACGUACAGGUGCAUCCGGGAGGCCCGGUACUCCAUGCCCUCCUCUCUGUCCCCGCCGGCCAAGCUGCUGAUCGCCAGCAUGCUGUCCAAAAGCCCAGAGGACCGGCCCGGCCUGGAGGAUAUCCUGAGGCACGACUUCUUCACCCAGGGCUUCACGCCUGACCGCCUGUCUGCAAGCUGUUGUCACUCGGCCCCAGACUUCCACCUCUCCAGCCCUGCCAAGAACUUCUUCAAGAAGGCAGCGGCUGCCCUGUUUGGGGGCAAGAAGGACAAGGCCAAGUACUACGAGAACCUAAAUAAACUAACCAAAGAGGAAGAGGAAAUCUACAAGCUCAGUCACGACCUGAGGAAGAUGUCCAUCAGCCAGCAGCCUUGCAAGCAGCCAUCUGAGGAUGCUAAGCCCCCAGUUGCUCCCGCCGGGAAGCCAGUUGUUCUGGUGAAGGAGAACAACAAGCAGCAGAUAAGAGACACCAUCCGGAUGAUCGUGCGGGGCACCCUCGGCAGCUGCAGCAGCAGCAGUGAAUGUCUUGAAGACAGCACCAUGGGCAGUGUGGCUGACACUGUCACCAGAGUCCUCAGGGGCUGCCUUGAGAACAUGCCAGAAGCCAGCGACAUUCCGAAAGAGAACGUAAGCAGCAGCUUCCAGUGGGUGACUAAAUGGGUGGACUACUCCAACAAGUACGGCUUCGGGUACCAGCUUUCGGACCACAUCGUGGGUGUGCUCUUCAACAACGGCACCCACAUGAGCCUGCUCUCCGACAAGAAGACAGUGCACUACUACGCUGAGCUGGGCCAGUGCUCCAUCUUCUCCACGUCGGACGCCCCCGAGCAGUUCAUCAGCCAGGUCACCAUCCUCAAGUACUUUGCGCACUACAUGGAGGAGAACCUGAUGGAUGGCGGCGAUUUGCCAAGUGUUGCCGACACCCGCAAGCCGAGGCUCUACCUCCUGCAGUGGCUCAAGUCUGACCGCGCUUUGAUGAUGCUCUUCAAUGAUGGCACGUUCCAGGUGAACUUCUACCAUGACCACACCAAGAUCAUCCUGUGCAACCAGAGCGAGGAGUACCUGCUGACAUACAUCAACGAGGACCGCGUCUCCACCACCCUCAGACUGAGCACCCUGCUGAUGUCAGGCUGCUCCGCUGACCUACGCAACAGGAUGGAGUACGCCCUCAACAUGCUCCUUCAGAGGUGCAACUGAAGCACAUGUACGGGGUGGGGGGGUG